GCUGGAGUGCGGCGUCCUGUGGGUGGGGACUCUCUAUUGAGCUGUCUGUUCCUGGAAGAUCGGAGCCACAGCUGGAGAGAGCUGGGGGGCCAUACAGUCGUUUUUGCCCUCUCCCUCUCCCACAUCUAGUUGCGGACUAGCGCUCGGGGCUGGUCUUUGCCACUAUAACAAGUUCCCAUGCAUACUCUUGAUUCCAUCCUCUGGUAUACAGGAAAAAGGAGCCUACCCAUUGAGCAGAGAUCAUUCCUGUGGACCAGGCACCAUGGCUGCCUCUGCCCCCUUGAGAACCUUGGAAGAGGAGGUGACAUGCUCCAUCUGCCUUGACUACCUGAGGGACCCAGUGACCAUCGACUGUGGCCAUGUCUUCUGCAGAAGCUGUGUCAUAGAUAUCCGAGCACCCCCAGGUGGCCGCCCAUCAUGCCCACUCUGUAAAAAGACAUUUAAGAAGGAUAAUAUUCGUCCAGUUUGGCAGCUGGCCAGCCUUGUGCAGAAUAUUGAGAGACUCAAUGUAGAAAAGGGGAGAGAUGCUAAGGAGAAGCGACCUGAGCCAAUGACAAUGAUGCAGUGUGAACGGCACAAGGAGAAGCUACACUAUUACUGUGAGGAUGAUGGGCGGUUCCUCUGUGUGAUGUGCCGGGAGUCCAGGGAGCACAAGUACCAUACAGCCAUCCUCAUUGAGAAGGCUGCCCAGCCCCACCGGGAAAAAAUCCUGAGUCACCUGGGCACCCUAAGGAGAGACAAAGAGAGGGUUCAGAGCUUCCAAAUGAAGGGGCAAACUGAGAUUCAGCACCUGCUGACCAAACUCCAGAUGGAGAGGCAGAACAUUGCCUCAGAGUUUGCCCAGGGGCAUCAGUUCCUGAGAGAACGUGAACAGCACCUCCUGGAACGGCUUGAGGGACUGGAGCGGGAGGUUAUCGAGGGGAGAGAGAAGUACAAUCUCAGAGCCUCUGGGGAGCUCACCAGGCUAGGGAAUGUGAUCUCAGAACUGGAGGAGAAGGCCCAGCAGCCAGCGGCAGAGCUCAUGCAGGACACCAGAGACUUCCUAAACAGGUAUCCACGGAAGAAGUUCUGGAGUGGGAAACCUGUUGCUCCAGCUGUUAGGAAAAGAACUGGAGAAUUCUCUGAUAAGCUUCAUUCCUUGCGAAAAGGCCUGAGGGAAUUCCAAGGGAAGCUGCUAAGAGUCCUGGAAUAUAAGACAGUGAACGUCACUUUGGACCCCCAGACCGCCAGUGGGUACCUUAUAUUGUCUGAGGACUGGAAGUGUGUGUCCUUUACCAACAUGUAUCAGAGUCUAUACCAACACCCCCAGCAGUUUGAUCCUGAACCUGCAGUUCUGGGUAGUAAGGGCUUCACUUGGGGCAAAGUCUAUUGGGAAGUGGUAGUGGAGAGGGAAGGAUGGGGGGAAGAGGAAGGGGAGGAAGAAGAAGAAGGAGAGGAGGAAGAAGAAGAAGAAGAAAAUGGAUAUGGGGAAGGAGAGGAGGACUGGGAGACAGAUGAGGAUGAUGAAUCAGGUGGAGAUGAAGAUGAAGAUGAUUUGGAAGAGGAUGACGUUGUUCAGGAGUCCUGUCUGGUGGGUAUUGCCAGAGACAGUGUGAGGAAGAAGGGGGAGCUCCGCCUAAGCCCUGAGGAUGGGGUAUGGGCUCUGCGUCUGUCAGCUGCUGGUGUAUGGGUUAACACCAAUCCCGAAGCAGAGUUAUUCCUUGCCCAGCGACCCAGAAGAGUAGGGAUUGCUCUAGAUUAUGAUGGGGGUACAGUGACCUUCACUAAUGCAGAAUCACAGGAACUUAUUUACACAUUCUCGGCAUCCUUUACAAGGCGUUUGGUUCCCUUCUUUUGGCUAAAUUGGCCAGGAACAAGUCUUGUUCUGAAACCCUGAAAGAGAUACACAUACAUAGAUCCUCUCUCUGGCCCUCCCUUGCUUCAGUGCUUUGGUUCCCCUUCAGGGGGGCAAAUAGUCCUGGGAAUGAACAUGAUUCAUUGAGGGGGGAUAUCAGGAGUAAGAAAGAGGAGGGUCUCUGUGCCUACUGCCAAUCCUUAUGUCCUUAGUUUCUAUGGCCCCCAUGUAGACUUUCACCAGGGCUAGUUCUACAACUUGAACUGUCCUAAUUAUGACAUUUCUGAUGGUCUCCAUUCUCCAUGAGGUGAUAAAUUUCACCAAGACUCUAGCCAUGAAUUCCAUUUGUUCGAUAUCUCUUCCCCCAAAGUCAUUCCCAAUGCCAUUGGAGUUCUAGGUGAUAUUGAUGAUAAAACCCAAGAGUCUUGCAAAGUCUAUUUCUCUAGUUUCCUGUACUGUGCUUUCUCCCCUUUCCCAUAAUAACCACUUACCCUUGACUGGCUAGCUGCUUCUUAUCCCUCGGUUCUAAACCCCACCUCUCUCCCAGUCAGCCUUCCUCCAUGUAGUAAAGAGAUAAUUUCUUCAAAAUGUAAAUGAAAAUAUGAUGUAUGGAAUAAAAUGGAAAGUCCCUAGGGUUUCUUUCAGACUGAGGGGCUCUUAAGAUGUCUGAAGAAGGGAAAGGGACUCCAUGGAUCCCAGGUGCUAGUGGGGAUCCAUUUCUCUUACUACAUUUUGAUUUAUGUGAAGCCCUUGAGUGAGGUCCUGACCCAAGUUCAUACUCUGUGCUGGUCCUGGGCUUUGCAGGUGAGGUUCGUAAUGGUUGUCAAGGUACUGACCUCAAGUCCUGAUGUCCUGAUGUGUACAUAGACCCAUUUGACUUUGGGAAAAUUAUCAAGAUCAAUAAAUCACCUUUGUGAAUCUAUUCUUUUGAGUAUGUGACUGAGCCCAGAGUCUCUUAUUCCUGUGACUGGGUCUGGCAUCCCACCUCACCUCAAAGGCCAGUGCUCUGUUUUUGCCUGUAUAUAGACAUGCCCCUGGUCUCUGGUGCUUUUCCAACCCUGACUCUGAGCUCCUCCAAUAAGGCCUUAACUUUUUGUCCGCUAGUUCCCUCUCAUGCAGUUUCAGUCCAGAUCCUUCCCUUCUCCUUAAGAAGGGAUAAGGGAAGGAUGGCAAGGUGCCUCAGAGGUCCACAAUCAGAUCUCCAUUCUCUGCAGCAAGAGAAGGGAAGAAAAUGGCUAGCUACCUCCUUCGGGGGAAAAAUCCUGGCUCCUUAAUCUAACAUUCAUGUCUUCUGCAAUCUUGUGCUUAUUCAACCCAAUAUCAUGACUUAAUGAUCCCAAACAAGCUCUGCUCCGGCCAAAUUACUCUAAUUGAUGUCUCUGCACCCUCCUGAAGCACCAGAGUCACUAUUUACUAAUCCAUCCAGUAGUCCCCCAGGCCUGGAAUGUCCUUUUCCCUUCCUUUGCCUGUCAAAGUCUUUGAGAGCCCAUCUCUUCUGAGAGGUCUUUUUCAAUUACUCUUGCCCACAGUGACUUUGUCGUUUCUUUUGUCCUGACGUGAUUUCUUGUAUGUACCAUGUGGUGGCACUUCUCUGGUAGUAUCUUGUAUUACUAAUUAUUUCCUGUGUACAUAUUCUCCCCCCCCCACUAGACUGUAAGCUAUGGAGGGCAGGGGCCAUGUUUCGCAUAUCCACAGUGCUAGAUACACUGCAUUACUAGUGCUGAAUAAAUAUUUGUCAAAUCAA